AUGUCGCCCGCUUUAGAGAAUCAAGAGACGUUGGGGCAACCAUCGGUAAAAGAGAAACAUGAAAGUGCCGCUGACAAACGCCAAGACCCAGAGCUUACUGUAGUAAUCGAGGACUUGCUGGAACAGAUGCAAGAGAAGUUCAAUCACAUGGGAGGUUCAAUUAUGGGGAAAAUGGACGAAAUGGGCACACGCAUGGACGAAUUGGAACGUAGCAUUGGACAGCUUAUGGAACAGACUGGACUGGAGAACCCCACCACUACUCCAGCGCUGCAUCGGAACUCUCCCACAGCAAAAGAGAACAGUGAAGUUUCUGCACCUGCGAGCUCAGUAGAGAUCUAA